CUCCCCUGUGCUCGCCCGGCGCCCACUCAUUCGCAGCCCGGCCUUCGUCGCCGCCGCCUCCCUGCUCCUCCUCCUCCUCCCUUCCCCAGCCCGCCGCGGCCAUGGCGGACAGCGCCAGCGAGAGCGACACGGACGGGGCGGGGGGCAACAGCGGCAGCUCGGCCGCCAUGCAGUCGUCCUGCUCGUCGACCUCGGGCGGCGGCGGCGGCAGCGGCGGCGGGGGAGGCGGCAGCGGUGGGAAGUCGGGGGGCAUUGUCAUCUCGCCGUUCCGCCUGGAGGAGCUCACCAACCGCCUGGCCUCGCUGCAGCAGGAGAACAAGGUGCUGAAGAUCGAGCUGGAAACCUACAAACUCAAGUGCAAGGCGCUGCAGGAGGAGAACCGCGACCUGCGCAAAGCCAGCGUGACCAUCCAAGCCAGGGCUGAGCAAGAAGAAGAAUUUAUCAGUAACACUUUAUUCAAGAAAAUUCAGGCGUUACAGAAGGAGAAAGAAACCCUUGCUGUAAAUUAUGAGAAGGAAGAAGAGUUCCUCACUAAUGAGCUCUCCAGAAAGUUGAUGCAGCUGCAGCACGAGAAAGCCGAACUAGAACAGCACCUCGAGCAGGAGCAGGAAUUCCAGGUCAACAAACUGAUGAAGAAAAUUAAAAAACUGGAGAAUGAUACCAUUUCUAAGCAGCUUACGUUAGAACAGUUGAGACGAGAGAAGAUUGACCUUGAAAAUACUUUGGAACAAGAACAAGAAGCACUAGUUAAUCGUCUCUGGAAAAGGAUGGACAAACUUGAAGCUGAAAAGCGAAUCCUGCAGGAGAAAUUAGACCAGCCGGUGUCUGCCCCCCCGUCGCCCAGAGACGUCUCCAUGGAGAUAGACUCUCCAGAAAACAUGAUGCGCCACAUAAGGUUUUUAAAGAAUGAAGUGGAGAGGCUGAAGAAGCAGCUGAGAGCCGCUCAGUUACAGCAUUCCGAAAAGAUGGCGCAGUAUCUGGAGGAGGAGCGCCACAUGCGGGAGGAGAACUUGCGGCUGCAGAGGAAGCUGCAGAGAGAGAUGGAGAGAAGGGAAGCCCUCUGUCGGCAGCUCUCCGAGAGCGAAUCCAGCCUGGAAAUGGAUGAUGAAAGGUAUUUCAAUGAGAUGUCUGCACAAGGAUUAAGACCUCGCACUGUGUCCAGCCCCAUCCCUUACACACCUUCUCCAAGUUCCAGCAGGCCUAUAUCACCCGGUCUAUCAUAUGCAAGUCACACAGUUGGCUUCACGCCACCAACUUCACUGACUAGAGCCGGAAUGUCUUACUACAAUUCCCCGGGUCUUCAUGUGCAGCACAUGGGAGCAUCCCAUGGCAUCACAAGGCCUUCCCCACGGAGAAGCAACAGUCCUGACAAAUUCAAGCGGCCCACGCCUCCUCCGUCUCCCAACACACAGACCCCAGUGCAACCCCCUCCACCUCCACCUCCGCCGCCCAUGCAGCCCGCGGCCCCCUCGGCGGCCCCCGCGCAGCCCGCCCCUUCGCAGCAUCCGGGGCACCCCUCCGCCCAGCCUUAAUGCAUGUGCUUGGUCUGCAUCUCACGGUGGGACUCGUACAGUGGAGCCGUCUCCUCGACGCCAAAGGCUUCCUUCCCUGGCAUAUUUGGAUCUGACUUAUUUGCACUGAGGUUAUCUAGGCUUCACUAUUAAUUGUGUUGUAAGUGUUUGUCGGAAACGCAGCCAGUGUUGUGGGUCUACAACACUAAACAGACGACUUUUUCCAUCAGUGUUUUACUUGAAUCUACAUGUACGUCCAUUCCCUGGCUGGAGCAUCUGCUAGUCAAUAUUUGGUAAUUCAGAAGCAGCGUGCAAUUUUUGCUUGGCCCCAGAGCUUCAUUUUCCUGGCUUUUAGGUUUGUAAAAUAAAAAGGGAUAUCUUUUUUAUAUUUUUUUUUCAUAAAUUUGCAGAAAAUUACUGAGCUGUUACCCCCACCCCUGCCCCCCUCCCCCAUUAUAGUGGUGUUUACCAAACAUCUAAUAAUUCAGCACUACAACUCAGACCUUUGAAAAUCUAGCUUUCAGUGUAGAGUGGAAAGUUAGAUGGAUCAGUGCCCAAGACCAUAAACUCUUUAAUAGAGCUUUCUACAGAUACACUUUUUAUAGGUUAUUUUCAGUAUAUGUCAACAUCCAUGUCUCUUGUAAAGCAGGCCGAAGUGAUGGAUCACAUGGCUGUACCUUUUCCACAUACACGUGGGAUGGAUAAUUAUUGUAGAUUAAGGUGUGAUUCCUUCCUUAUCUUUAGUGUUAAUCUACCCAGACCGGCCCCUCUAACAUGAGUCGAUAAAUGUUGUCCUACCCACCAGUGGUUUUGAUGGCUGGUUAGAACAUGCUAUUUGAUUUCUGCUGCAGAGGGCAAUGUGAUUGUAACAAAAACAGCUAUUUUCCCUAUACAUUCUUUGUGUUCCCCUAAAAUAGAGUUUGAACAAAUAUUUUAAAGGUGCAAAAUAUUAGAAAAUACUAUUUGAAAUGAACAUUAUAGGAAUAUCUUGGCAUAAUGGCCACAGAAUACUUUAUUGCUUGGCAGAAAAGAAAAGAAAUGUAGAAGAAAGUAGCACAUUAGCAGUGAUGACCGCUUACGUCGCUCAGUAUAAGCAAGUGCAGUGUACAAAGAAGUAUACUCUGAAUACAUUAUUUCCAUUCAUUCAGCACAAAUAAAUCGUUUGGUUUCACUUUGAA